CUUCCCCUUCCCCUUCCCCUUCUCCUUCUCCUUCUGCUUCCCCUCGUUCAUGCUCCUAUCUUAACGACUAAACCCCGCCCAAUCCAUAAGACAUUCGACUGUCUACUUUCCCUUCAUUGUCCACUACUCGACACUCAUUCGUCCUUUCUUCAACUCAUCCUGGUGAUGCGGUCGGCGAUCCUCCCAUAUUAACUUUCCCCUGUUGUUUACCCCGUGGCAGCAGCCCACUUGACGAAUUCUGAGACGACUCCCGACUACUUUUUUUCUGCUCGCUCGAGGAUAGACCUCCUGCUACUACAUCAAACUACAGAUUUCCUUACAAGACUCAAUCAUUCUUCCAACUCAUCAACAUCCGCAUCCAUGCCGGCCAUACCCCCUCCCCUGACUUUAUCUCACCGCCAUACCCGGAGUCGAUCGUCCAAUAUCGACUUCGACCCUAUCUCACCAGGCACCUACGCUCCCAACGGAUUUUCUUACCAGUCGCCUCGGUCGCCUCGCACGCCUCGCACGCCUCGUUCAUCCGCCCCUCCCUCGCCCAUCGACUCGCGCCCGCAGCGUGCCAACAGCAUCAAUGAAUCGCACCGGAUGUCGGUCGACUUCGGCGGCGCGGCCAGUGGAGGCGGCCUGGGCAACCUAGCGGAUGAGCUGGCCGACGCAUGGGAGGAGGAGGAAGGGGGUUACGGAGGUUACGCCUCCGGGCAGGACACCGGGGUUCCCGACCACGCACAAUACGCGCCCCACAGCGAGGACGAAGCUGCAUACAACCACCAUACACGCACCCCGUCAUCCGGGUACUCCCCGGAGCGGAAUUCCACGCUGCAACCCCCGCGGCCCAAAACGCGCAAUGGCACCCAGCGCCAACACCGCCGCUACGAGUCGCAGUACGAUGGCUCCGACUACGGGAACGACUCGGACUUUGAGGAAUCCGAUAUGCCCCCGAGUCUGGAAACACAGAUGGCGGAGAUCGAGAGUCUGGCCCGACGAGGCAUUGAGAACAACGGCAGUGAGAAUGACUACGUGAUCCAACGAGCGGUGGAGGCGUUGCGGGAUUUGGGCGCUCAGAGCGGCAUCGAGAACAAUGCCAUGAGACUCAUCACCGCUCACUCCUCCAUCACGUCGCAUCUAACCCAUCAGACGCGGGCCCUCCAAACCCUCAUCCACCCCCUCCUCUUCUCACCAUUCCCGCUCCUGUCCGAGGAUGCCAUUGACGCACUCAUCCCGCUCAUCGACGAAGAACUCUUGCCGAACCUUCCCUACCCUUUCCCCGACCAGCCCCGUCACUCCUCCCGGCCCACCACCCCCUCGCAGUCCUCCGCCCUCAAUCCGCUCGUCUCCCUCCAGAGUCUCGUCUCGCAGACGUCCGACAUCACCCUCUCCCUCCGGGGCCUGAGCGACACGCUGUACGAAUCCCGACAACUGACCGCCACCGCCUCGCGACGACUCCGGUCCGCGCGGGAACUGGUGGCGGAGCUCCGCCGCGAAGAAGAGGGCCGCGAGGAAGGAACGCGGUGGAUCGAACGCGGGGACUGGGACCGGCGUCUCCGUGACCGCGAAGCCGGCCGCGUCUGCGGCGACGUGGUCAGUGGGUUUGAGGCGGUUUGCGGCGAAUGGCGGGAGAAGCUCUUUGGAGGAGCUGCGGGAGCGGCCGCUGCUACCCCUGGAGCCGAAGUAGCUGCCGCGUGAUGUGAUGACAUCUCGAACCUUUCUUCUCAAGGAAAGCACAUACAUAAACAGAACCU